GGAGCCUCGCCCCCGCCCCGCCAGCGGCCCCGGCUCUCCGGCGGCUGCCGCCUCACAACUCGCCGGCUCCGUAACGCCCGGAAACGGCAGCACCGACGCGGGACGCUGGCUUCUUCCCCCACGCAGACAUGAACGGGCUCAGGGCCGCCAUGGGGCCGCCGGGCUGGCGGCCAGGCAGCAGCAGCAGCAGCGGCGGCAGUGAGGUCUUUCUUCCUGAGGAGACGCGUCCCGCCGCACCUGUGGAUUUCCUGCAGGAACUGCCCAGCUACCAGUUGGCGCUGAGGCGCCGUGGCGCCGCCGGGGGCACCCAGGAGCGGCGGGCGGCCCCCCAGGGCUCGGUGAGGCUCCGUGGAGCUGAGGCCCGGGGGCCGGAGCAAGAGCUGCCUGUUCUCCCAGCGAGAGAGCACCCCUUAACCAUCGCGGAGAAGAGAAGGCUAAGCACGGUGUCCUCAGGGGUGCUUAACUGCUGCCCUUCUUCAGUGGCAUCAGAGGCUGGAACAACAUUCUCUGCAUACAAGGACUCUCGGCAGGCUGAUAUAAAAUAUUUACCUGGAUUGAAGCAGUGGAAAAUAACUAGCAGUAAAUCAAUGAAAAAAGUUCUCAAUGGUGUCAAGGAGUGGUCAUCUUACCUGGAGCUUUGGAGACAUGAUAUUCACAGCAUAGAAGGGAAAUUUGGUACCGGCGUCCAGUCCUACUUCUCCUUCCUCCGUUUUCUGGUCCUGCUGAAUUUUGUAAUUUUUAUCCUGAUGUUCAGUUUUGUUACCCUUCCCACUGUCAUUUCUACAUAUGGAAUAUUCAACAGUAGCUUUGUUAAAAUUUCUCCAAAGAACAUAGAGCCUUACUGCACAGUUUAUAACCCUAGUGGUAAUAAGGGACUUGUUUACUUCUAUACUUACCUCAAAGAUUUGCUCAGUGGCACUGGUUUCCUUGAAGUCACAAGUUUGUUUUAUGGCUAUUACACGGUAGAUGCUGCAUGGGUCACUGUCCUGAGGUACAACUUGCCACUAGCAUAUCUGCUGGCUACGUUUGCCUACCUUGCAUUAAGUCUCCUCUGGGUAGUAAAAAGGUCUGUGGGAGGAUUUAAGCAGAACUUGGUGCACAGUGAAGAUCAAUUUCAGAGUUACUGUAACAAAAUCUUUGCAGGCUGGGACUUCUGCAUUACAGAUCCAAAUGCAGCACGGCUAAAACAUCGCAGCUUGCUAUAUGAGCUCCAAACAGACUUGGAAGAAGAAAGACUGAAGCAAAAAAUAGCUGACAGGACAAAAGAAGAAAAGCUACGCAUCUACUCUCUGAGAAUAUUUAUAAAUAUAAUUGUCUUUGCAGUUCUAUCAGGAUGUUUCUACUCUAUUUUUAGAGCAACUGACUUCUCUCAAGAAAACUCCAAUGAUAUCAGCAAUAUGAACUUCCAGGCUAAUCUCUUAGUGCAGUAUUUGCCUUCCAUUGUGAUCACAUUGGCCAACUUCAUUGCUCCUCAGAUCUUCUGGUUUCUGAUCAGAUUUGAAGAUUAUUCACCAGCCUAUGAAAUCAGGCUGACAUUGAUGAGGUGUGUCUUUGUUCGGUUGGCCAAUAUCGGUGUUCUCUUGUUCUCGCUCUGGAGUUCGAUCUCCUGUACCACUGACGAGUGUAAGGCCUGUGGAUACAAUUACAAACUCCAUCCAUGCUGGGAAUCUGAUGUUGGGCAAGAAAUGUAUAAACUGAUGAUAUUUGAUUUUAUUAUAAUUAUUGCUGUGACCCUGUUUCUGGACUUUCCUAGAAAGUUGUUAGUUACUCAUUGCUCUUGGAAGUUAGUUCAGUGGUGUGGAUUGCCGGAAUUUGGAAUUUCUGACAAUGUCCUGGAAAUCAUUUAUGGGCAGACUAUCUGCUGGAUUGGAACCUUCUUUUCACCACUUCUCCCUGCAAUAGCAACUAUAAAAUACUUCAUCAUCUUUUACAUUAAAAAGAUCAGUUUGAUACACACAUGUAAACCUGCAGCUAGGCCUAUCAGAGCAUCAAGUUCCAAUUUUUUCUUCUUGGUGGUGCUGUUGAUUGGGCUCGUCUUGGCUUUUAUUCCGUUGGGAAUGAGCAUAGCACAUAUCCCCUCCUCCAAGGCAUGCGGGCCCUUCAGGAAUUUUAACACUUCAUGGGCAGUUGUUCCAGAUACAAUACUGGAGUUUCCAGUGAGUCUGCAGCAGGUCCUUCAUGGCUUAGCGUCAGAAGCCUUUGCAGUGCCUUUUUUUGUGGUCAUCUGCCUUAUUAUGUUCUAUCUUAUUGCCUUGGCUGGAGCGCACAAACAAGUGGUUGAGCAGCUGAGGGAACAACUGGUUCUGGAGAGCCGUGACAAGCUAUUCCUCAUCAGAAAGAUAACAGAAGCUCAGAGGCAUCCCUGAAAACCAGAAAAAGCCAGAAGAACUUGACUUCCUGAAACUCCCAGAACCGCUAGAUAAGAGUAGAAGCAUCUGCAGCACCUAAAAACUGAGCAGCUGACUGGCACUGUGGUCUGUCGUGGACGCUUAUGGGCUUCAUGUUGACAACACUAGUGGGCCUUAAAGUUUCCAAGACUGGAAGUUUAGCUAAUUUAUACCAUGUCAGACCUGUCCAAAAAAUUGUGUGGUAGGACACUUUAUUGCUGCUACAAUUUCAGGGUUGUUGGGGUUUAAUUCCCUAUUUUUUUCAGAGGUUUGGGGUAAAAUAAUCAGAACUGAAACUCUGUUUAAGAACUUUGUACUGUUUUUACAAAUUAUGCUUUAAGAAUCAGGAGGGAAGGGAAAGGUGUGGUUUUUUACAUGGUUCCAACUCACUUCUCUUUUAAAACCAAAGCAAAAGAGAGACGUACGUCAGUAUUUUGAAAUAGCGCAUAGGAGAAGGAAAUACGGCAUGGGUUUGAAAUCAAUUCUCUAAUUAUUUUUAGAGAAGAAGCUUUGGUAUUUAUUUUGCUCUGAACUAGCAGGUGCAGUUAAACACUGGAUAACUUCAGAGAAGCUCUGAAUAAGCUCUGGGAGCAGGAGACGCAGCUAGUCGGGUCACCGCGCGGCGCACGCCUGUCGCAGGGAAAGCAGCUCUGGGGCUGCUUAAGCAUGUUAAGGCAUUAUUACCUGUGGUUUAGUCUUGUACAGACAUCAUGACUACUGUUCUCUUUCUUCUAAAAUGUGAAUAUUUGAGAGUCGAGUUGUAGUUUGGAAACAGCAUUCAGAAACUUGCGUGUCAGUACACUUGAAAUUCAUGCUUCUUCUCUCUUAACGAAGUGAUGGAGCUGUGUGACUCGGAGCGGACAGUGUUUUGAAGUAGACUGCUGUUUCCUUCAUUUAAAGGUUGUGCUUAAGGACUUUAUGUGCAGAAUUGUGUUCGUUACUUGAAAUUUGCCAGUAGCGCUCUGUUAGUUCACGUGUGCGAGUGUUAUUUUCAUAUAAGGUUUUCGAAUGUUUUCUGUCUUCAUUUUAAAGAAAUUAACAUUCAAUACAUGAUUUUAUUUUUUUUUUU